AUGAAGGGUUUUAUCGGCGGAAUCCCUGUGGCACUGCUCGCAGUUGCUGCCCAGGCCAAGUUUGCUGAACGUCAAGAACAUGACUUCCAUCCUCAGGCUGGUGGUACCGCCAUCGGUGGACCUUCUGGCAAUGAUAACGACGGUGGCUUCGUCAGCCCCUACUCCGCUAGUAUCAAGACCGAUACCAAGGUCAACCAGUGGAACAAGGAUGACCACUCCGUCAAGCUGAAGCACAGCGAUGUGUACCCUCGCCCUCCGGUGGUGCCUGUGCACUUUGGCCACCCCGCUGUGAACGGCCCCCAGGUCCCUGGAAUGGGACCGUUCGGAAAGGGAAAGCGUGUUCCUCCAGGUGGAACUGCCAUGGGUGGCCCAUCCGGCAAUGAUGAGGGCCAGAGCUUCGAUUUCUCUGUGACUGGUAUUUUCAACACCGAGGUUGAGGAUGAGAACAAGGAUGACCACUCCACCGACAUCAAGAACAAGCAUGUACACCCUGCUGACUUUGGGAAGCGUUUCGGGCCUCACGCUGGCGGCGGAACUGCCAUUGGUGGCCCCUCUGGCAACGAUGGUGGCCAGAGUUUCGGCGCUCCCACUAAUAUCCAGGCUAGCUCUGAUGUCAAUGAGCACAACGAGGAUGACCACUCCAUUGGCAUCAAGAACAACCAUGUCCACCCUGCUGCCUUUUGGAAGCGUUUUGGGCCUCACGCUGGCGGCGGCGGCACUGCCAUGGGUGGCCCCUCUGGCAACGAUGGUGGCCAGAGCUUCAGCACUCCCACCAAUAUUCUGGCUGCCUCUGAUGUCAGUGAGCACAACGAGGAUGACCACUCUAUCGGCCUAGAGCAUGAGGAUAUUUACACUCACCCCUUUGGUCCGUUCCGUCGAUCGGAGAACCACGGCCCUCCUGGCCACGGUGGCCCCCCUCCCUCUGGUCACUUUGAGCCUCACCCUGAGUCGCACUUUGAGCCCCACCCCGAGUCGCACUAUGAGCCUCACACUGAGUCACACUAUCAACCUCAUUCGGAGCCUCACUAUGAGCCUCACCCAGAGCCUCACUUUGAGAACCACCCGGAGCCCCACACUGAGAACCACCCGGAACCUCACUACGCUCCUCACUACAGCCCUACCUACGCGCCUCAUUACGAGCCUCACACCACGGUGGAGCACGAUAUCACUUCGUUGAAGAACAACAACAACGGGCCUUCCGCUGGGACAGUUACAUUUGGUCGACGUGGUUUCCCAGGUCGUCCCGAGUCUCACUUCGAGCCUCACCCUGAGUCCCACUUCGAGCCUCACCCGGAGUCUCACUACGCGCCUCACACCGAGUCCCACUAUCAGCCUCACUCGGAGCCUCACUACGAGCCGCACCCAGAGCCUCACUUUGAGAACCACCCGGAGCCACAUGUGGAGCACCACCCUGAGCCUCAUUACGAGCCUCACUACAACCCUUCCUACGCGCCUCAUUACGAGCCCCACACCACGCUGGAGCAUGAGCUGACUUCGUUGAAGAAUAACAACAACGGUCCUGCCGCUGGGAGCAUUGCAUUUGGUCGACGUGGUUUCCCAGGUCGUCCCGAGUCUCACUUCGAGCCUCACCCUGAGUCCCACUUCGAGCCUCACCCGGAGUCUCACUACGCGCCUCACACCGAGUCGCACUAUCAGCCUCACUCGGAGCCUCACUAUGAGCCGCACCCCGAGCCUCACUUUGAGAACCACCCCGAGCCCCACACUGAGAACCACCCGGAGCCUCACUACGCUCCUCACUACAGCCCCAGCUACAACCCUCACUAUGAGCCCCACAAGACCCUGGAGAAUGAGAUCACUUCGUUGAAGAAUAACAACAACGGACCCUCUGCUGGAAGCAUCGCUUUUGGUCGCCGUGGCUUCCCUACCGGCCCUGGCCCCGAGUCUCACUUCGAGCCUCACCCCGAGUCCCACUUCGAGCCUCACCCGGAGUCUCACUACGCGCCUCACACCGAGUCGCACUAUGAGCCUCACUCGGAGCCGCACUACGAGCCUCACCCAGAGCCUCACUUUGAGAACCACCCCGAGCCCCACACUGAGAACCACCCGGAGCCUCACUACGCUCCUCACUACAGCCCCAGCUACAACCCUCACUAUGAGCCCCACCACACAUUCGAGUCCGAGGUCACUGAGUUAAAAAACACCAACAACGGACCGUCUGCUGGAAGCAUCCCGUUCGGCCGCCGUGCGUACGCACCUACCCCCGAGACUAGCGUUGGCGGUGGUACCGCCAUUGGAGGCCCUUCCGGGAACGACGGUGGCAGUUCCUUCUCGACUCCAACUGAAAUCGAUGUCGACAGCGAUGUGAACGAGCACAAUGAGGAUAACCACGCUAUUAAGGGCGACUUCACCCAUGUCCACCCUGGUGCUUCCCCUGAGUACGCCCGGGAGGAGAACGUUGAGACCCCCCAGUGCGCUGCGCACGAGGUUGUUCACACUGUGACUAAGACCCAUUACAAGACUGCUGAGGCGACCCGUGUGGCGUAUCAGUCGCCUCCCACCGACGAGAGCAAUGGCAUCCCUGCCUACGCUCCCCACGACCCCGCUGGACCCGGCUCUUACGAUCCCUACGACCCCGCUGGAGGCGACGCCUACGCUCCCCACCACCCCACGGGGGCCGACGCCUACGCUCCCCACCACCCCACGGGGGCCGACGCCUACGCUCCCCACCACCCCACGGGGGCCGACGCCUACGCUCCCCACCACCCCACGGGGGCCGACGCCUACGCUCCCCACCACCCUGCUGGAGCCGACGCCUUCGCCCCCUCAGGUCCCGCUCCUUCGAGCCCUGGUGCCGAGCAUGCGGAUAACCUGAUGCCGGCGCACGUCCCCAUGGCCGCUCCCUCACCCGGACCUAGCGGUGGCUCCCCUGGCCGGGCCCAGUCCUCCCCCGGAGCUAAUCCCUACCGUUCCUCAGUUCCCGCUCCUUCCGCCUAUGCUGCCCAGCGUCCCUCGUACUCCAAGAUCGCUGUUCAUGUGCCCAUGGCCACUCCGGCCUCGUACGGUGCCUUCUCUCAGGCCACUCCGUCUAACAGCAUGGGCAAGAUGGUCCCCACUGGCGCCGCUGCCGAGAACAAGGCUUCUCCCUCUUCCAGCGUCUCUGCGUCAGCUUCUGUCUCUCAUGGAGUCAUGUUCGAAGGUGGCGCUGCCCGCCUGUCUGGCGGCGUUGUCUCCGCCGCCGCCGCUGUCAUGGGUGUCCUCGCCUUCAUCCUAUAG